CCGCCGCUCGCGCCAUCUUGGCUCUGUGGAGCUGCUGCCGCCGCCGCUGCCGCUGCUAAACAAACCCGCCGUUCCUCCGCCGCCGAUGUACCGGGCGCGGCCGGGCAGGGAGGCCGAGCCCUGUGGGAGCACGAGGACGGAGGAAGGAUGCCUGUGGUGUGGCCAACCCUUCUGGAUCUCAGCAGGGAUGAAUGCAAGAGGAUCCUUCGCAAAUUGGAACUGGAGGCAUAUGCAGGAGUUAUUAGUGCCUUGCGUGCUCAGGGGGACCUUACUAAGGAAAAGAAAGAGCUCCUUGGAGAACUUUCCAAAGUACUUAGCAUUUCAACAGAACGCCAUCGUGCUGAAGUUCGGAGAGCAGUAAAUGAUGAACGGCUAACAACGAUUGCGCAUAAUAUGUCUGGACCAAAUAGCUCUUCAGAAUGGUCAAUAGAAGGUCGUCGCCUGGUGCCAUUGAUGCCACGGCUUGUUCCACAGACAGCCUUUACUGUAACAGCUAAUGCUGUUGCCAAUGCAGCUGUUCAGCACAAUGCAUCGCUUCCAGUUCCUGCAGAAACUGGGAACAAAGAAGUGGUGGUUUGCUAUUCCUACACAAGUACCACUUCAACCCCAACAUCUACCCCUGUUCCAAGUGGCAGUGUAGCAACAGUGAAGUCCCCCAGACCUGCCAGUCCAGCCUCCAAUGUAGUCGUCUUGCCAAGUGGAAGUACUGUUUACGUCAAAAGUGUCAGCUGCUCGGAUGAUGAUGAAAAGCCACGUAAAAGACGGCGAACUAAUUCUUCUAGUUCCUCCCCCGUUCUUCUGAAAGAAGUCCCAAAGGCUGUCACUCCUGUCACUAAAACUAUCACAGUGCCUGUAAGUGGCAGCCCCAAAAUGAGUAAUAUCAUGCAGAGCAUUGCCAACUCCUUGCCGCCGCACAUGUCUCCUGUGAAAAUAACCUUCACUAAGCCCUCAACACAGACGACAAACACGACAACACAGAAGGUGAUCAUUGUAACCACUUCUCCAAGUUCAACGUUUGUGCCCAACAUUCUCUCCAAGUCCCACAACUACGCAGCAGUCACCAAACUUGUCCCAACGUCUGUCAUUGCCUCAACUACUCAGAAGCAGCCAGUGGUUAUAACUGCUUCUCAGUCCUCUUUGGUCAGCAGCAGCAGUAGUAGUAGCAGCACUACCACCACCACCACCACCACUUGUUCCACUCCCUCCUCCACUGCAAAUACUAUUGCUGUGACUGCCGUAGUAUCAUCAACGCCAUCGGUGGUCAUGUCAACAGUAGCACAAGGUGUGUCCACAUCAGCAAUUAAAGUUGCAUCUACCAGACUACCUUCCCCCAAAAGCUUGGUGGGAAACCCAACUCAGAUUUUAGCACAGUUUCCCAAACAGCAUCAACAGUCCCCAAAACAGCCCGUGCAUCAACUACAACAACAGGCCCAGCAGCAGCAGCUGACACAAUCUUCUCCCAUACCUCAACAGCAACCACAGCAAUCUCAGUUACCACCUGGCAUCAAGCCCACCAUUCAGAUCAAACAGGAAUCAGGUGUUAAAAUAAUCACUCAACAGGUGCAGCCCAGUAAAAUCCUACCCAAACCAGUUACAGCGACUUUGCCCAGCAGUAGCAAUUCACCUAUUAUGGUGGUUAGCAGUAAUGGGACUAUCAUGACAACUAAACUGGUUACUACUCCCACUGGGACUCAAGCAACAUAUACACGUCCAACAGUAAGUCCCUCUAUAGGGGCUCGGAUGGCUGGAACUCCAGGCGCCGCCACUUACGUGAAAACCACUAGUGGAAGCAUCAUAACAGUAGUACCAAAAUCGCUGGCUACGUUGGGAGGCAAGAUUAUCAGCAGUAAUAUUGUUUCUGGAACGACAACCAAAAUCACUACAAUUCCAAUGACAUCUAAACCCAACGUGAUUGUUGUGCAAAAGACUACUGGAAAAGGAACAACUAUUCAAGGUCUUCCAGGGAAGAAUGUAGUCACAACAUUGUUAAACGCUGGGGGGGAGAAAACCAUUCAGGCAGUGCCAGCAGGAGCAAAACCUGCCAUCAUCACUGCAACGAGACCCAUCACAAAAAUGAUUGUCACACAGCCAAAAGGAAUAGGGUCCACUGUUCAGCCAGCCACCAAAAUCAUCCCAACCAAAAUUGUUUAUGGGCAGCAAGGCAAAACGCAGGUGCUUAUAAAACCAAAGCCAGUGACGUUUCAAGCUACGGUUGUGAGUGAACAGACUAGGCAGUUGGUAACUGAAACAUUGCAGCAGGCAUCCCGGGUGGCAGAGGCAGGAAAUUCUUCUCUCCCGGAGGUGAAAGAAGAACCACAGAGCUACACUGAUAGCAGUUCUUCCUCUACAGAGUCGUCCCAGAGCUCCCAAGAUUCCCAGCCUGUUGUUCAUGUAAUCGCUUCCAGAAGUCAGGAUUGGUCAGAACAUGAAAUUGCUGUGGAUACCAGCCCUACAAUAAUUUACCAGGAUGUAUCCAGUGAAUCUCAAUCAGCUACUUCUACAAUAAAAGCCUUGUUGGAACUCCAGCAAACAACAGUGAAAGAGAAGUUAGAAUCAAAACCACGACAACCUACCAUUGACCUGAGCCAAAUGGCAGUUCCAAUUCAGAUGACCCAGGAAAAGAGGCAUUCUCCUGAAAGCCCUUCAAUUGCUGUGGUAGAGUCUGAAUUAGUUGCUGAAUAUAUCACAACUGACUCAGGAAGACAACACUGUAUAGGUUCACAUUCAGAAGAAUAUCUACACAACCAUGUAGUCAGUCAUCGCUCACAGCCCCACCAGCAGUCAUCCCAGCCCCAGAGGACUCUGCUGCAGCAUGUGGCUCAAUCACAGACAGCAACGCAGACUUCUGUUGUGGUGAAAUCUAUCCCCGCAUCUUCCACUGGCGCAAUUACCCAUCUCAUGCAGCAGGCUUUAAGCAGCCACACUGCGUUUACCAAGCACAGUGAGCAGCUUGGAACUGAGGAAGGCGAAGUGGAAGAGAUGGACACCUUAGAUCCUCAGACUGGCCUGUUUUACAGAUCUGCCCUGACACAAUCACAGGCACUGAAACAGCAGAAACUGAGUCAGCCGCAGCUGGAACAGACUCAACUGCAAGUGAAAACUCUGCAGUGCUUCCAGACUAAACAGAAGCAGACCAUCCAUCUGCAAGCAGAUCAGAUCCAGCACAAACUCCCACAAAUGCCCCAGCUUUCUAUAAGGCAUCAAAAGCUAAACCCGCUGCAGCAGGAGCAGGUGCAGAGCAAACCAGAUGCACAGCCCACCCCUCACCACAUGAUGGCCAAAGAAAGGCAACUCCCUACCUUAGUGGCACAGCCACAGCAAACUGUAGUACAGGUGCUUGCAGUAAAAACCACGCAACAGCUACCCAAACUGCAACAGGCACCAACGGCACAAAAAAUCUACGUACAGCCCCAACCCCCCCAGAGUCAAAUGCAGCUACCUGCCUCUUCAGAGAAACAGCCAGCGAGUCAGGUGCAGCAGCCAAUUAUAACGCAAGGAUCCACUGUUACAAAGAUAACUUUUGAGGGGCAUCAGCCUCCUUCUGUUUCAAAGGUAGCAGGUGGCAAUUCUCUGCCCAAACUGGCAUUGCCAGUUACAAGCCUAUUUCCCAUGCAGGCAUCCGUGAAGACAGCAGUAGCAGACAUUUUGAAAAUGUCUAUGAUGGAAGCUCAGAUUGACACAAACAUAGAACAUAUGGUAGUGGAUCCCCCAAACAAGGCUUUGUCCACUAGUAAACUCGCUAGCGAAGCAGAACCGUCACCUUGUACCCAGGUGCCGAGGGUGAUUGCAGUAGGGAUGACGGCAACUUCCAUCCCCCAGCAACAGAAAUAUAAAGAAUCCUGUUCAAGUCCUCCUGCUGUUGGUCCUACUUUAACAGAGAGGAAACCGGAUGCACAAGGAGUGCCUACAACAAACCAGUUUAUUCACAUUCAGAAUAUAUCACAAAAGAAAGCUGAAGAGAUUUCAUCUGAAAUUAUUAUCCAGACUAUCCCUCAGUAUUCCAUCCCUUGUCACUCCAGCUCCAACGUGGUAGUGGAACCCAGCGGGCUUUUGGAGCUCAACAACUUCACAAGUCAGCGUCUUGAUGAUGAAGAGACAGCAAUGGAACAAGAUGUGGACAGUAGUACUGAGGAUGGCACUGGGCCCAGUCCCUCUCAAAGUUCUGCUGAACAGUCCUAGUGAUGCGGGAGACUGGAGUGCACUUUAAAAUAUCUUGGGAAUUGAGUGUCCAAGAUGCCCUUGUAUUGUGAUGUAUUAGAGCACUUUGCCUGUUAGAGUUGUUCAAUGGACCCUUGAAGCAUCAGUGUGUUUUAACGAGGUAGUAUUGCAGAAGUCACAUCUUAACUGUUUCCAAAAACAUGUAAUUACCAAGGUGCGUCUGUGACAGUAGAAUGUACUCCUUUAAAAAGGCAAAUCUCCAGUGAAUUGAAAAGAUGAAUACACUAUGAAGCCCUUGAUUAGGUAUUGAAACCUCUCUCAGUCAAAAGGGCCCUUUGUUUUGUUGCGUUGUUUUUCGUAGCUAUUGAGCAAAAUGCCAUCACAAAAAGAAUAUUUAGAUAUUUGUAUUUUUAAAGAGCAUGUGAGAGGAAAGGUCUUCCUGACAGUGCUGGAAGAGCCCUGGGAAUUUCAGACUUGUUUAGCUUUCUUGCACUUGAGCUCAGUUGGAGUUCAGAUUUUUAAUAAGCCUAAAAAUGUAGUUUAUUUUUUUAAAUACUUGUUGGUGAAUGUUCGGAAAUAAGCAGAAUUGCUAACAGGUAGCAGCGAAGUUUGCUGGUGAAGUUUUGUUUUUGUAUUUUACAAUAAAUACGCUAAUUUAAUGUAAAAGCAUUUCCUCUUGUGCCAUGAGCACAAGAAAUGCUCAUUUUAGUUUAAUUAGUUAACUUUGAUUAUUUAUUUAAAUGUAAAAAUUUAAAACAAGGCCAAGUUAAUUAACAAGUUCCUGUUAAACAGGCAAAUGGUUUCAUUCUAAUGCUGUAGGAUGGGAGAAAUAUUCUAGUUCAAAGCAAAUUUUCAAAACCGGAGGGAGGGAGUAGAAAGUGGGGAACGAGAUGUUGGUUCAAUGUCUAAAGGUUGAAACUGGGUAUUCAGAUGUGUGCUGAGGCUUUUAAAAAUCUGUAUUUUACUCUUACAUGCUGUUUCUAAAAUUGCCUUUUUGAGAAUUUAAAAGCUUAAAUCAUUUACCGUUGUAGGUUUCUGAGGUUAUCAUGAGCCCCAUGAUUUGAAUUGUUCAUGCAAUAUGUUGGUGUUUUGAGAUAGUUACAAGCCAGAGAGAGAGAGAGAGAGAGAGUUGGGUGCAGAUUGGAUGUUAAGAGCCAGUUUUAAUAUAUUCUGGUAAUGAAGACAGUAUCUUUUUUUUUUUUUUUAAUGUACAUAGAAACAAGUUUUUAACUGUUUUGUAUAGAUUUCAUUAUAAAUAACAAAGCAUUUUAAGACUUAGACGUAUCAUUCAAUUGUAUAUACAUCUAUCAUUCUAACUGCCCAUUUUUUUGGUGCUGAAGUACUACUGUAAGUAGAAUUCAUCCAAAGUCUAAUACAGUUUUUGCGUCAAUCUUUUUUUUUUUUUUAUUGUGUUUUUACUGUUGAUAUUGUAGUUAAGGUCCCAACUACAGUUAAGAGUCUAAAAUACAGAACCUAAAAUGAUGAACUUGUUGGGAAUAUCCAUGUAUGUAAGAAUACUGCAGUAUCCUCUAGAGGGUGCUGUUGGUUUUUCUUUUAGCUUCUGGUU